AUGAGGGUCCUAACAUUCUUAUACAAUGUCAUUCCGUUUUACUCCUAUGCUCUCGCCUAUCCUGGGAUGGGUGAGACAUUGAAAGACCUGCAACGUUCAGCGAAGGUCGCUCGCGAAGAACCGAAGCAGCUCAUUGGGGAUCUCAAAACUUUGAAAGAUUCCCAACUUACUUCCAUCGGAAAGGACAUCAAGGCGAUUCUUUUGAACCAGAAAGAUGCCCGUUCGAGUGUCAUUGAUACUGGUGCUCCGGCAGGAACUCCAGACACGGCUGCAUGCAAAGCCGAUUUGUGCUGUGUGUGGAAGUGGAUUUCAUACGACAUGACAGCUAAGUUCAAUGGAACUUCGGGUCGUUGCAACAAGUUCGCACGAGGGGCUGUGCGUUUAGGGUUCCAUGACGCGGGAGUCUGGUCAAACACAAGCUCAUACGGUGGUGCUGAUGGAAGCAUUCUCCUCACUGAUGAGCUCAGUCGCUCGGACAAUAACGGCCUUACAGCUAUUGGCGACCAAAUGAAGACGUGGUACGCUAAGUAUAACAAGUACGGAGUAACCAUGGCCGAUCUUAUUCAGAUGGGCGCAAACAUCGCCACGGUUGUUUGCCCUCUCGGUCCACGUAUUCGAUCCUUCGUCGGGCGCAAGGAUAACGCGAAGGCUGGGCCUACUGGUCUUCUACCUGACGUGAAUGACUCGGCGGAUAAGAUUGUCAAGCUGUUCCAGGCGAAAACGAUCGACCCGCAUGAUUUGGCCGCACUAGUAGGUGCGCACACAACCUCGCAACAACACUUUGUCAACACCGCAAGAGACGGCGACCCACAAGAUAGUACACCUGGUGUGUGGGAUGUGAAGUUCUAUGGAGAAACCGUGUCGAGCACCCCGAAGAGAGUAUUCAAGUUCGCUAGCGACAUCCUUCUGAGCAAGGAUGCUCGGGUGAAGGACGAGUGGCAGGGAUUCAUCAAUGAUUCUCAAGAUCAUUGGAACGAGGACUACGCAAAAGCUUAUACGCGACUUUCACUUCUUGGUGUCAACAACAUCAACGACUUGAAAGAGUGUACAAAGGUGCUGCCACCUGCUCGCAACUCCUUCGUGAGCCAGGACCAGCCGAUCUUGGAUUUGUGGCUACAAGGCCAAUACGACCAGCUCAACAACCUGGUCGACGAUGCGAUAAUGCUUACUGGGCUGAUAUCGACUGGGAAGGAGUAAAGGAUUUA